CCUGGGAGUAACCAAUCCAGACACACACUGUUAUAGCAACAGAGCAGAAUGUGCUGUAGUGAAGUGAGACAGGAAAGCAAGGGAGGUGGACAACAACAAUAAUAAUACAAAAAAAAACUAAUACACGAGACAGAGUGGAGUAACCCCUUUAGAAAUGAAUCAAUGGAUUAAAUAAAAGAGCCUUGCUGGAGGAAAGUUUCUCAGGACUGCUGUGAGGGGCUGCAGGAAGCAGUGACAAGGGCUCUGCACAGAUAAACACUGCUGUCUUGUCUGCUCUCAAACAUCAUCCCCAUUGUUUGUGCUUUCCAAAAUAUGGCAAAGGUCCAGGUGAACAAUGUAGUGGUGCUGGAUAACCCUUCUCCUUUCUACAACCCUUUCCAGUUUGAAAUCACCUUUGAGUGCAUAGAGGACCUAUCUGAAGACUUGGAAUGGAAAAUAAUUUACGUGGGCUCAGCAGAAAGUGAAGAAUAUGACCAAGUGCUAGACUCUGUGUUGGUGGGACCUGUACCUGCUGGCCGUCACAUGUUUGUAUUUCAGGCUGAGGCACCCAAUCCAGGACUUAUUCCAGAUGCAGAUGCAGUUGGCGUCACAGUAGUGUUAAUCACAUGCACGUACAGGGGUCAGGAAUUUAUUAGAGUGGGCUAUUAUGUCAAUAAUGAAUACACCGAAACAGAACUGCGGGAAAACCCACCUGUGAAACCUGAUUUUUCUAAGCUUCAGAGGAAUAUACUGGCAUCGAAUCCUAGGGUAACCAGGUUCCACAUAAACUGGGAAGACAAUGCAGAGAAACUAGAGGAAAUGGAUAACAGCAACCAGAAUCUACAGUCCAUGCUUUGUACAGAAACCAUGCCGUCAACCACUAAAGGCUGGUCCACCUCAGAGAACUCCCUGAACAUAAUGCUUGAAUCCCACAUGGAUUGUAUGUGACCUACUCUACCUUAACUCUACUGCCAACCUGUCUACGCAACCAGGGUCAACAGGCACUGGUUUUCUUGAUCAGCACACUGUAGCAGGAAAAAAAAAUAUCAUAGAAAGGGGAAAACAUCAUAAAAAAAACCCAAAACUUCAUCCUAGAGAAACAAAUUCUCACAUGUAAAGAAGAAAAAAAACUUUUUUUUUUUUAACUAGGCUCGAUAAAAAAAAACAUUUGCUAUUUCUCAUCCACAACAAAAUGUAAACAAACAAGCAAAAUACUUGCUUUAUUUAGAUAUUUUAGAGCCAUAGCUGUCCAGGCAUACAAAAGAAAUCUACACUGGAAUGAUGUAGUGAUAUCACCUAACAAUACAAGCCACAGUAAAGUUUUGCUUUUAUAUAAAUGUUUGAUCACUUAUCUGCAUGUUAAGAAGUGUCGGUUUCAUCCAUUCUUGGACAUGGUAGGAUUUAUUCAAAAAGAGGGCAGAUCAGUAACCAAAAUGUAUUGUGAUUUUUUCCAACACACUCUUCCAAUGUGAUUCCAUCCAAAGUAGAGACCUCUGAGCCCAAUUAAAAGUAUCAUCUUUGA